UUCGGUUGUUAUGUUUCUUCUCCACGGGUCCUCAUUGUAGAUUGACAGCAUGUUAAAGAUUUCAUUUGGCAUCGGAAUGAUGUCACAAACCUCGAGAUCAAUAAGUAGCUACCUGAAGUCGAACGCCUUACAGCACGCGCACGGUCCUCCCUGCUGCUGACGUCACGAGCGCAGCUCUGUCCAGCCGAACGCGCCUCUAUCACUGCCGAGGUUCGCGAGCGCGGAGGAGGAGCUGUCAAAGUUUACAAGCCAAGCCGAGCGAGUUUUCUCAAGAAGACAAGAAGGCAAGAUCCUUGAACAUUAUUGAGAAACCCUUGAAAGAAGAGCCCUUCUAACUAUGGAGUGAAGUCUGAGAGGCCGCUUUACACAGAAGAAAUGGCAGGACCAACUGAGAUCGGAUUGAUUUUUACCUUACUGCUCUCAUGGAGCUUCUGCGCGACGCCGGAAAAGAAAGUGUGUCAGGGAGCGAACAACAAACUGACUCUUCUGGGAACAGUGGAUGACCAUUAUCAGAUUCUGGUAAAAAUGUACAGCAACUGCACCGUCGUUCUGGAAAACCUGGAAAUCACAUAUAUGACCGAAAAACAUGACUUGUCCUUUCUCAGGAGCAUUCAAGAAGUUGGUGGCUAUGUUCUUAUUGGGAUCAACACGGCUCCCAGAAUCCCUCUUGAGAACCUACGCAUCAUCCGUGGCCACUCUCUUUAUGACGACAAAUAUGCUUUAGCUGUCCUCCUGAACUACAACAACAGCAUUGGGCAAGGCGUAAACGAGUUGCCACUGACUAGCUUAACUGAAAUCCUGAAGGGUGGGAUCAAAUUUGCCAGUAACAAUCAUUUAUGUAACGUGGAGACCAUCCAGUGGACUGAUAUUCUGAACAUGAAGAGCCAGCCUAAAAUCAAAGAGACGGAACCAAGCUCCGCAGAACACUGUAAGAAGUGUGACCGGAGCUGUUACAAUGGGUCCUGUUGGGGCCCUGGUCCCCAAAACUGCCAAAAAAUGACUAAGGUGAUAUGUGCGGAGCAGUGUUCAGGGAGGUGUAAGGGGUCCAAACCAAUUGACUGCUGUAAUGAACAUUGUGCUGCUGGCUGCACUGGACCCAGACCAACCGACUGCCUGGCCUGUAAGGACUUCCAGGAUGAGGGGACAUGUAAGGACGCAUGUCCACGGCUCAUGCUCUACGACCCCAACACCCACCAGCUCGCUUCCAAUCCUGACGGGAAGUACAGUUUUGGAGCAACGUGCAUCAAGAAUUGCCCACACAACUAUGUCGUAACAGACCAUGGGGCAUGUGUAAGAACAUGCAGCCCUGGCACCUAUGAGGUGGAUGAGGGUGGAGUUCGGAAAUGUAAGAAGUGUGAUGGCCUGUGUCCAAAAGUUUGCAAUGGGCUGGGAAUGGGGCCUCUGCUCAAUGUCCUGUCAAUCAAUGCCAGCAACAUUGAUUCCUUUGAGAACUGCACAAAAAUCAGCGGAGGUGUUGCAAUUCUCACCACGACAUUUAAUGGUGACCAGCAUACUAAAACUCCAGGACUGGACCCAGCCAAGCUCAACAUAUUCAAAACUGUAAAGGAAAUCACUGGCUACCUGGUGAUUCAGCAGUGGCCGAAAGACAUGCCAUCCCUCAGUGCUUUUGAAAACCUUGAGGUCAUCCGUGGACGUACAAAAAAGCAAGGGGCCUUCAGCUUCGCUGUCACCCAAACUCAAAUCACACAUUUCGGCCUGCGUUCGCUGAGGGAGAUCAGUGAUGGUGAUGUGGUCAUUGCUCAGAAUAAGCAUCUCUGCUACACCAGCCUUGAGCACUGGAAACGGUUCUUCAAAUCUGAUCAACAGUCUGCCAAAAUGAUAAAAAACGCUGAUGCUGCCAUCUGCGCGAAUCAGAACAGCACGUGUGAUGAGAUGUGCACGAAUGAUGGCUGUUGGGGUCCUGGUCCCACCAUGUGCUUCACCUGUAAGCAUUACACCCGUAAAAAACACUGUGUGGCUUCCUGCAACCUGCUGGCUGGUGAACCACGUGAAUAUGAGGUCAAUAAAACAUGUGUCGAGUGCGACCCUGAAUGUCUGCUCAAGAAUGAAUCCCUGACCUGCACCGGCCCUGGACCUGACAAAUGUACAGCUUGUGCAAACUACAAAGAUGGGCCGCACUGUGUAACACGCUGCCCACAAGGCAUACCCGGAGAGAAGGACGUACUCAUUUGGAAAUAUGCUGACGCGAUGCGAGUAUGCCAGCCCUGUCAUGAGAACUGCACCCAGGGAUGUACUGGACCUGAUCUGAAGGACUGCAAAGAUUUCAAAGGCUCGGGUUUGCCCAUGAUUGCCGCUGGUGUGGUCGGAGGUCUGCUGGCGUUUGUUAUCCUGGCUCUAGGAGUUGCUGUUUUUCUGCGCAGACGGCACAUCAAAAGGAAGAGAACCUUACGACGACUCCUGCAAGAAAGAGAGCUAGUGGAGCCUCUGACCCCAAGUGGCAAAGCCCCCAACCAGGCCUUGCUGCGCAUCCUCAAAGAGACGGAGUUCAAGAAGAUCAAAGUGCUUGGGUCCGGAGCUUUCGGCACUGUGUAUAAGGGCUUGUGGGUUCCAGAAGGAGAGAGUGUGAAGAUCCCUGUCGCCAUUAAGGUCUUACGAGAAGCCACGUCUCCCAAAGCAAACCAGGAGAUCUUGGAUGAGGCCUAUGUGAUGGCAAGUGUUGAGCAUCCUCACGUGUGUCGUCUGCUCGGCAUCUGCUUGACCUCCACUGUCCAACUUAUCACCCAGUUGAUGCCCUACGGCUGUUUGCUGGACUACGUCCGAGAAAACAAGAACAACAUCGGCUCUCAAUACCUGCUCAACUGGUGUGUGCAGAUUGCUAAGGGCAUGAAUUACCUAGAAGAGCGUCAUCUUGUGCACAGAGACUUGGCUGCUCGUAAUGUGUUGGUAAAGACCCCUCAGCAUGUGAAGAUCACUGAUUUUGGCUUGGCCAAGCUGUUGAAUGCCGAUGAGAAGGAGUAUCACGCAGAUGGUGGAAAGGUGCCAAUAAAAUGGAUGGCACUUGAAUCCAUCCUGCACAGAACAUACACCCAUCAGAGUGACGUCUGGAGUUAUGGUGUGACAGUCUGGGAACUGAUGACAUUUGGAACAAAGCCCUAUGAUGGGAUUCCUGCAAGUGAAAUUGCUGAAGUUCUAGAGAAAGGAGAAAGACUUCCACAGCCUCCUAUCUGCACCAUUGAUGUGUACAUGAUAAUGGUCAAAUGUUGGAUGAUCGAUGCAGAGAGCAGACCUCGCUUCAGGGAGCUCAUCUCUGAGUUUACUAAAAUGGCACGUGACCCACCCCGCUAUCUCGUCAUUCAGGGUGAUGAGCGGAUGCAUUUACCCAGUCCUUCUGACUCCAAGUUCUACCGCAGUCUGAUGAGUGGAGAGCUGGAUGAAGCUGUGGAUGCAGACGAGUAUUUAGUGCCCAAUCACAGCUUCUUCAGCAGCCCCAGCACCUCCCGCACACAGCUGCUCCAUUCUGUGAGUCUCAACAGCAGCAUUGGGAACUGUCAGAGCAGAAAUGGGAAUGGUUUCCCAGGAAGGGAGAACAGCAUGGUUCUGCGCUACAUCCCAGAUCCGACGGAAUACUUCCACGAGGGUGACUUCCAGCCCGCUCCAGAAUAUGUCAACCAGGAUGAAUCACUGAUGUCCAGCAUGACCAACCCAAUAUACCAACACCCUGGACCUCCCCGCACACUUCCACACUCUUCAUCAGCCCUGGACGAAACUGAGGAAGAGUACCUGAACUGCUUUAAGAGCCCUGCUGCUGCUGCCGCCCCACCGGAGUAUCUGAACACGUCCCACACACAGCUCCUCUCCAGACAGCCGUUCUUCAGCGUACAGGGCUUCAACCUUCAGAACAGCAUGGACAACCCAGACUACCAGCAGGACUUCUGCCCCCUGGAGCUCAAAACACACACCAACGGCCACCUGCCGGCUGCGGAAAAUGCAGAAUAUAUGGGACUGGAAGUGCACUAGAACAUUAUGGAGAAGAGUAACUGUUCAAAUGAGCCACUUCACAGUAGAUAAAGAUGGAAGGACAUCUAUUUAUAGCAAACAUUUUGCUGAGUUGUCAAGGACAGAAAGAGCUUUUCAUAACGUGGGCUAGCAUUCAAAUAUGCUUUUUUUGCUUUGAGCUAGUCUUGGUUGGAACGGACAACUGUGGCUCUCUCCAAAUGUCCCAAGUGAAUGAAUGACAACAGGAUAUGAAUCCCACGUUGAUGCCAGUGGAAACGUGCUGGUGUGCUGAAAUGGCAUAUCAUGAAACAUGCUUGUCUACACAUUUAAGACUGCUUUUAAAUGAUCUGGUUUCACUCAUGUUAAUAAUGUUUGAAAUGGGCAAACAAAUUACAUUUACCAAUUUACUGCGCUCAUUAGUGUCUGUAAUCAUGAAACUUUUAAAGAUAUAGUUGCACCCAAGUAUUUGGACACUUAAGUCACUUUUAAAAAUCCAUUGCAUUAAAUACGAAAUAUUGAAGUGAGUGACAUCUUUCAAAACUUUGGAUUCAGUAAGACAUUAUUAAAGAAAAAUGUAAUUCGUAUUUUUACUCUGCAAAGUUUAAAUUCAUCAAGUCACAGUCAAUUAAUUAAAGUCAUAAUAAUAAGUUAUGUUUCUUAAUCACCAAAUUUGAAUGAUUUCUGAAGGAUCAUGUGACACUGAAGCCUGGAGGAAUGGCUGCUAAAAACUUUGUCAUCACAGGAAUUACAAUUACAAUUUAAAAUACAUGAAAAAAUAGAUAUUUGAAAUUCGAAAAAUAUUUUACAAUAUUACUGUUUUUACUGUAUUUUUUAUCAAAUAAGUGCAGCAUUAUGCUCAAAAACAUUGAAUAAAUAUUACAGAUCCUAAACAUUUGAAAGAUGGUUUAUCAACUACUUCAUACUUCAAAAACCUAAUAGACAUGUUUGCGAUAUAUUUAUGUGCAUUAGAUGCCCUUUGUUUCAAUAUUGUGUUGUAUAUGUAUCUUUAAUAGUGGUUUAUGUGUCCAAAUGCUCUUCGGAAACACUAUGUAAGCUGAACUCAGAGGUUGUUUAAUUCCUCUCUGCUGUGAAUGAAAGUCAAAUUUGAGUUAAAUUUAUGAUGAUUUUGCUGGAAAUGUUGGCUGUGUGGACAGUGCUGUGACAGUGAUCCGUGUGUGGAUAGAUUCAGCUUCGUCCGAAGGCCAACAUAUGACUGGUACUUGUACAGAACUGUCUGUAAUAUAUGGCUGACAUUUGCAUUAUUGUAUCUAACGGAGUAUUUUAUCCAUUGUCAUAAAAAUCACAUUUGGGGUCACUCAUAUAUUCCAUUACUGCUUGUUCGUCCGUGUGUUUUCACCUUCCUGUACCUAACUUGACUUUUGUAAUAGUAUCUCAAUGAAUCUGAAACAUAUCUCACAGACAGAACAUAUCUUGAUCUCCAUGAUGGCUAUGUUGCACAGAAACAAAGUAAUGUUGUUGGAUAUCUUAAAUUGGCUAUCCUUUCUUGCUUUCAUCAUUUGCAUUUGCUCUCAAAAUAUGGUGACGAUGUUCUUUCUUGUCCUUUGUUAUAUAAGUCGAAUCAAUAAAGAAUUGUUUUAUAAGA